GAAGAGGAAAUGGCAGCAAGAUCAAGGGUUGUUAAAAACUGAUUGUUUUGUUUCUGCAUAUAUUUAUGGCACCUUAUCUCUGUAACAUCAUUUUGAAUCAGCAUUGACCCUCAGAGUUCAUCAAUAUCUUCCUGGCAGCCAGAGAAACAUUUUCCCCAAAAUAAAUAAAGAAUAUUCAAAGUAAAAAGAAUAGAAAAUAGUUACUCGAAACCUUCACUCGAGGCGUAUCAGAGAAGGGCCACAAGUUAUACCGGUAUAAAUCGUCAACGGCUAGUUUUGCCGUCCUUUCAUGAGAAAUUGAAAACCCUAAAAAAAAAAAUGACAGAACCAAUUCCACCAAAUUCUUCUCCUCCUCCAUUGAUCCCAAUUGAGAUCAUAAGUGAAGAAGAAAUGGCUCUCAUUGAGGCUGCCUUUGCAGCUACCACAAAGUAUCUCUCCUCUCGAUCUUCUUCUUCGACUUGUCAAAUUCAAAGAAAUGGAAAAUCAGUUGAAACAAUCACUCUUCAUACCAAGAGGAGAUUAUCCGGUUGUUCUGAAUCUGAUAAAAAUAUCACAAGUACAGAUAUUGAAGAUUUGGUGGAUAACUCAAAAAAUCCCCAGAAGAAACUGAAAGUAUUUGAAACGUUUUUACAUAGAUUUCGAAGGAAAAGAGGUCUUGCAAUUACAGAUAUCACUGCUACGGAAUGGUGUGAAAAACAAAUGGAAUUUGUUCUUCUUCGUGGCAAGCCAAAAGCCACCAGAGCUAUGGAAGCAGGUACGGCUCGUCAUACAAAACUUGAAGAAGAGGUAAUAAAGAGGGUGGAAGUUCGUGUAGAAGCAGCAGAAGAUGCUUGGGCAGUUAGGUUAAUGAAUUUCAUUGCCGGCACGAAUCAACUAAUGUUUCAAGGGUUAACGCGCGAACUGCCAGUAAUAGGUUGUGUACAAGGUGUUUGGAUGGUGGGAGUGAUUGAUGAAAUCCGAAUGCCAGUAACAGAUACUUCUCGAAAUCCUAUUUUUGUUGACACAAAAACUCGUGUUCGACCUACACUUCCUUCGGGACCGCAAACAAGGAAUGGAAGGCUUCAGUUAAUGUGUUACAAGUAUAUAUGGGACAGCUUGGUGAAAGAUAACUUCAAUGCAAGAAGUUUCUUAAGCUUUUUUGGGUUGAACCCUCACUACACUUUAUCUGAAGAAAUUCAACAGCACACUUCUAGCUCUGGUUUUCCUGCAAAGACCCUCGAGGACUUGCUUGCAUAUUUCAGAAAUACAUGUUCUGUGCUGCCUCUGGCAAACGAGCUGCUUCUUUUAAGAUAUGAAUUCCAAGGAGAUCAAUCGUUGUUGGGUGAAGACAAUUUCACAUACGAUCAUGCUUGGCUCACGGGUCAGAUCAAAUACUGUCUCGAGUUCUGGUUGGGAGAACGAGCAGCUGGUUUUGUUCCUCAGGAGGAACGUUGGAAAUGCAGAUCUUGUAAGUUUGCUUCCGUGUGCUCUAGUUAUGCUGCUGCUGAUAUCAGAAGUAUCUAUAGAGGAGAUCAAGUUGGCACCAUUUCCCCAUCCAUUUAAUUUCAACUGAUAUCGCGUAACAUUCCUUUAGUUAUGCUGCCUCCAAUAUGAGACUAUUCACCCGAGAGAAAUUACAGAUAUCAGAUUUUUCUGCUGUAGUGUAUUUGUCCAUGUGACUGCAAACCGCCAUGGCGCAUUUGCCAGGGACAUGAUUAAAUGUAAAUAUUUACAUGUUUUCUCAACGAUAUUUUUCAGGGCUUGUAGCUUUCCUAUGUUCAGAAUAACUAGUAAAAUUGUUAAAAUAUACAGUUUUGUUCCAUGAAAACUUUAUUUAAAAUUGUCAAAAAAGAUACAUCUCCCCUGAUCUGACGUAACUCUAUACCUACUAUCCACAAUUUCUCUUUCCCUUUGAGUUGAUACAGUUCAUCCCAGUAAGCAAAACUUCUAAACUAAGUUAC